AUGCUACUGCAGUACAUCUCGAUGAUGUCUAUGGACGCUGACAAGAGUGCCGCAAGCAGCGUCGUGUGGUACCUCGGAGGCCAGCACGACGUGUUGGGGUUCGACCCUCGUGGAGUGGGGAUGUCUCGUCCCGCGCGCUGCACCAAGAACAAUUACACCGCCACCACCGAGUGGCCCAAUCAGAGCCACCUACCGUUCGACUCGCCGACCGCCGAGACAUCAUUGGGGCGGUUCGGGGUGUCCCUGAAGGCCAUGGUCCGCCGCUGCGAAAUGUACGAUGGCGACUAUGUCAAGUACCUGUCGACGUCGUUCGCGACGCGGGACAUGGACUCUGAUCCGCGCCGCCCUACAUAA